AUGAAAACCCGUAUGCGGAUGAUCUCGAAUACUAAAGGUGACACACUGCGGGAACACCGAAUACCCGUGCUGGGCCGGCCUGGCACUGAUGACGAGAUUAUCAAGCCCUCACAGGAGGAGUCUUUCCGGGCAGUGCUCCCCGACGCGGACUUUCAGUUUAUCCCUAAUGGCGGGCAUGACCUUCAGAACACUUCCCCCAACGAGUUUGUUCAGCAUGUGCAAUCCUUCAUGGAAAAAAAGGUCGCCAGUGGCCAAAGGAUUGCUAAUACCUAG